AUGUCAGUCGCGGGCGACUUUCCCGACCUCGCGCCCACUCAAGACGGCCGCGCGUUCGUCGCUGCGGACGACCCGGUGUUCGGGCUCCUGCUCGGGCGGCUCGGGAUCGUCGUCGACGUGCUCGUAGGGGUCGACUGCUCGCCGAUUGCGGUCGUUGGCCUCCGAGUCGGCGGCGGGUCGUGCAACUCGAACGUUGUCUGCUGCUAG